AUAAAUAAAUAAUGUUUAGUAUGUAGUUACAGUGAAAUAACAUAAUAAAUAUGGAAGAAAACAUUUUGCUUGUGUUAAGUAUUAUCGAAGGUCGACACUUUCCUAAAAGACCUCAUCAUAAAUUAGUCAUUGAGGCAAAAUUUGAUGGAGAGUUUUUGACAACUGAUCUCAUAAAACAUAAUGAUAAUCCUCAGUUUAAUACUGAACUGGCUUGGGAAAUUGAUAAGAAAUUAUUACAUCAACAUAAACUCCAAAGAACACCGAUUAAACUUCAGGUUUAUGCUGUAGAGUCUACAAAUUUAAGUAAAGAACUGAUUGGUUAUUGUGUUUUAGACAUUCGAUCUGCUCAGCUUGAUGGCAAAAAGAAGGGUGAAUGGGUCAGUUUGUUGAACAGUAAAUACCAAAGUUUAAAACCAGAAAUAAAGACUUCAUUAAUUCUUGAAAUUGAUCAAGUCAAAAAUGAUGAUGAACAAAAAAAUACAAAAAAAGUGAAAUCAAUAUUGUCCAGUCAAAAUGACUCAUUGGGAGUUGUAUUAGACCAAGAAAAUGGAUAUUAUCUGAUUGGUCAACAAUGCAAUGAAUGUAAGAUAUUUGUUCUAUCUGUUUCAAUUGGUGGUGCGAAAAAUUUGAUUAAGUUGUUGAAUCCAACUUCAAACAUUAGCUCAGAGAAUGGAUAUUAUUUUUAUUACUCAUUGUUUGGUAAUGAUGUUACUAAUGAAACCUUUUAUGACUUAUUGAGUACUUCAAUUCCGACUGAGCGAGCCACAGUUCGUAUUUGUGCAACAAGUGAAAGAUUGUUUAAUUACUUGAAAAGAAAAAACUUACUCGAAAUCUUUUUUUGUUCUGGAGAAAAUUAUCUUGGAAAAACUACUGUUUCAUUGGAUUCGUUGCUUGUUGACAAAAAUUUUUCUUCAUCCCUUUCAUUAGAAGGAAUGUUUCCUAUAUUGACUAUGUCUUCUUCUUCAUCAGAUGCCAUGUUGGGUGUCUCUGUUGUAUUAAAAAGAGAAGAGGUCAUUCAAGAACCAAAUGUUAGCCCUGUAGUUCCAACACAAGCCCAUAAGAUUCGCCCAGCUCCAUACGAUGCAAACAAUCAGAAACUUGAUUUUUCAUCAGCACCCAAAAUGGAUGAAUCACAAAAAGACCCAUACAAGGAAAUACCACUUACUCCACCACAAAAACCUGAAAAACCCCAUAUAAAACAUUCUGUAGCACAGAUGCAACAUUAUCAAAACCAUCAAAAUAAAUCAUCAGAAGAAAAUCAUCACUAUUCAUUUUCAAUUGAUCUUCGAAGUUUAUCAAAUGAUUCAUAUCAAUUUCCAUUGAAUGUAGUAUGCAGAUAUGUUUAUUCCUUUUUUGGAAGCUCAUCUCCUGUUAUAACACAUCCACCAAUAAUUGUAAAUAGAGGUUCUGAAGUUCUUCUUCCAAAUUCGUUUUGUAAAUUUGAAUUUGCAUCAAGUUUUCAACUACUUCAGACAACAUUUAAUCGAGUACCUUUACUGGUGGAAAUUUGGCAUAAAGAAGUUAACAUGAAGGAUAUAUUUAUUGGAUUAGCACAGAUUCGGCUGGCUGAUGUUCUUUUAAAUGAAAAUACUAAUUUAAAGAAUGGUCCUUCCAUUAAAAGCAGUCGAGUUCCAGUGGUUUCAGCUGAUGAUCCUGCCAAAAAAAUUGGCAGUAUUCAUGUUGUUAUUGGAUUGGAAGAUCAUGGCAAAGUUUUAACAAAAAUACAAGUUCACUCGUCAGCCUCUCAGACAGACUCUGUUGACAAUACGGUAAGUGAACAUGUAAAUUCAAUAGAACCACCUCGAAAAACUCAAGAAUAUCAGGUGGCAAUUGCAUUAGAAAUGUGGAAACACCAACAAGAAGAGUUAUUUAAAGAGCAGCUUCAAAAAAAAGAAAAUGAGCGAAUGAAAGUGCUUGCAGAAGAAUGGAAAAUAAGAGACAUGGAGCGAGAAAUGAUUCUUAAUAAAAAGUUAGAUGAAUAUCGAACAUUGGAAUCAAAACUCAAAACUACACUACAAGAAGUGGAAAACCAUCAAAAAGAUUUGGAAAAGCGAGAAUUUGAUUUAGCAAGUAAGGAGCGACUUUUAAAAGAGGAUUAUAGUUUAAAGGCUAACGAAAUGCAUGAAGCUUCAAAGAGACUCAAAGAACAAUGCCAGCAUCAAAUCUAUUUAGAACAGCUACAUUAUAGUGAAAUUGAAGAGAAAUAUAAAAAAGUAGUUGAACAGUUACAUGAAGCAGAAAACAAAUUAAAGGAAAGAGAAAAUGAUAUAUACCGACUUAAGGAAAGCAUGCUAAGUAGACCAGAAGUAAAGUUACAAUCAGACAUGCACUUGUUACUUUUGGAGAAGAAUGAACUUGAACGAAAAAUUGAAGCUGUUUCAAAAUCAAAAGUGCAUUACAAGCAACAAUGGGGUAGAGCACUGCGUGAACUAGCUAGACUCAAGACAGGUGAGCAGGAAGCUGCUAAGGUAAGAUUAAAGAGACAACAUGAUGAACUUGAGCAUAUGAAAUUAAGAUAUCUUGCUGCAGAAGAAAAUAAGGUCAUUGGAAAAGAAAGACAAGAACUGGAUCUAGCCAAAGCAGAGAUAACAAAAAAGCUUGAAGAGCUUGAGAUGGUUCGCAACCAAACUGAUUUAAAUAGACAUCGCAUUAAUGAUUGUUGUGAUGAAAACAGAAACUUAGAAGGAAAUUAUGGCACCGAAAAAUCAAGAAUUGCAAAAUUAAUCGACGAACGUGAUACAUUAUUACAAACUGGAGUUUACACAACAGAAGAUCGUGUUAUUAACGAACUUGAUAAAGAAAUACAACAUUUAAUUUCUGCUUAUCGUUAAUCUUAUAGGUAUCGUUAAUCUUAUAGAACUUGUUUGUUUUUUCACGAUAUCGAGACUAUUGAAUGCGCGUGAUGUAAUUGUAUUAAUUUCCUUCAGGCGGUGCAGGCAACGUGAAUAGCGUUUAUUGAUAGCAAAUAAACUUAAUAAAUAAGCUGUUAAUCAAAGUGUUUUGACGUGAUUGGGCAGCACUAUUGGAGAAUCCUGUUAAAAGUUACAAUAAACGAGAACGCGUACUAAUGGUACUUAUAAUAAAAAGGAAGAAGCGUUGAAAUAUUUUCCAAAACCCCCACGGUGCAUGUUGCUUUCGUGUAAAUAUUUGACACAGUUUUCAUUUUUAUCUAGCAUUAACAUUAGUUAGUUGUUAUAAUACGUAUAUGUAUUAGAACAUGUUAAUUGAAAAUUAAUUUAUUGUUUUAAA